AUGGCAGUGAACCAGAGCCACACCGAGAGCCGUCGUGGGGCCCUCAUCCCCUCUGGCGAAAGUGUCUUGAAGCAGUGUGAGGAUGUGGACCUCUGCUUCCUACAGAAACCAGUGGAAUCCUAUCUCUUUAAUGGUACAAAGAAAGGAACGUUGUUUCUCACUUCAUACCGGGUGGUCUUCGUGACAUCACACUUAGUCAAUGACCCCAUGCUUUCCUUUAUGAUGCCGUUUGGCCUGAUGGGUGACUGCACCAUUGAACAACCAAUUUUUGCCCCCAACUACAUUAAAGGAACCAUUCAGGCAGCUCCGGGUGGUGGCUGGGAAGGACAAGCUGUUUUUAAGUUAUCCUUCAGGAAAGGAGGCGCCAUCGAAUUUGCCCAACUGAUGGUAAAAGCUGCCUCUGCUGCUGCCAGAGGAAUUCCACUUGGAAGUGUAAAUUACUGGUUUGACACUUCAGGACUGUACAUAAUUACUGUCCCAGGGGCUGCAGUGUGCUCCCCACAGACAUCUUGUCCAGCAUAUCCAGUUGUGAUCUAUGGACCCCCACCACCAGGAUAUGGAGUCCAACCAGGGGAAUAUGGAACUCCACCAGAAGGAUAUGGAGCCCAACCAGGGGGAUAUGGAGCCCCACCUGUGGGAUAUGGAGCCCCACCUGGGGGAUAUGGAGCCCCUCCUGGGGGAUAUGGUGCCUUACCUGGGGGAUAUGGAGCCCCAUCUGCAGGAUAUGGAGCCCUAUCAGUUGGAAAUGAAGCCCUACCACCAGCAUAUGAAGCUCCAUAUGCUGGAAAUACAGCUGCCUCUCACAGAUCUGUGGCAGCUCAGCAGGAGACUUCUCUUCCCUCUACCUCAUCUUCUCAGGUCCAUUUACCACCUUCUCAGAGUUAAACCUUGAAGACUCACCAAGCAAAGGGCACCCUAAAACUGAAGUCACAGUAAGAAGGAAGACUCAGGUAGGUGGUUGAAGUCCCAUCCCAUGUAGUUAUCAUACCCUUUGGAAGGGCAACCUUAGAGGGAAGAUGAAGCUUUACUU